AUGAAAGAGUGCCAUUUGUCACACGCACCAUCCGAUGCUCUACCACUUGCAUUUUUGCCAGCAUGUGAGCCCACCACAGCCGAGACGCUCAAAUACUAUAUUCUGCGACCAAUCAACCAGGGAACGAGCCAUUUGGCAGAUAUAAACCCUCCUCACCCCAAGGUCAUUGGACUGGCAUACUCCAACCCUCUCGUCCUGCAGCUCAUCAUCGCCGAGAGGGUCAAUCACCGCGAGGUAUCUUCUGCCAUGCUGCCGACGGGCGAGAGCGCUGAACGCUUCCAUCGUGCCAAUAUUGCCGCGUUUGAAUCCAAGAUUCAAAGCUAUCUGGAUGGAAAUGAAGAAGAUAUGCUGCCAUUGACUGUGGGAAGCAUCAUCAUCUCCCUUACGGAGACCGCCCGACUAGACAAUCGUGGCCAAGCUCACAAUUAUCCGACAGCAGCCAAAAACAUUUUGAAAAUGCUCACCACCCUUCCCCACGAGGAGAUUUGCAAAAACCUCCCUGACAUCUUUGUCGAGCACUUCUUGCACACUUCCAUGUUUGCUUGCCUCGCAGCCGAUGUUUCUAGAGCACAUAUGAUACCAUUUACGAGCCCUGAAUUUCGAACCGCCGCAGUGGACUUGGCCUAUAGUGAGUAUCGGGGUAAGCUCGGCGGAAACUGCCUUCCGAUAAUGGUUUUUAUACUCAAUACAUUUGAUCUGGGUAUGAAGAUGCGACCUUAUAUAGACGACUCGGGUGCCCCAAAACCCGGCCCAUCAGUUGGCCAUCAGCCAGACCACUAUAUGUACUUUGGCUCCAUUUAUGAGCUUCUCAUGGCUUUUAACCCCGUAACGGACAUGAGCGGCAAAGACUUCGAAGCGAGCAUCAUUUGGAGGAAUGCCGCCCUGCUGUACCUAUGGAGCCUCCUGGAAUGGCCGUUGAUUACGAGAUCCCAAAGGAUUUUUCAUAUCAAUGCACGCGACACUUUUCGGAUCGCGCUCCGGCGGUUGGCGGAUACCCCCAUGGAUAGCAACGUGAACAAAACCCUUUGCUGGCCCUUGAUCGUCCUCGGGUGCCAUGCGGAAAGCAAAGAGGACAGAGAACUUAUAGAACGCCGCCUCAUCUACAUCUCAACCCAUUUCAAGGUUGGCAACGCACUCGAGACUCUGCACGUACUGCGUCAUGUCUGGACGCUGCCUAUGGCGAGACGAAGCCCCUGGCUACUGCACAAGUCUAUUCAGGAGACCAGAUGCUGGGGGAAUCUUGAUACUAACAUCUUUCUCUAA